UAUGGCAUGCACAAUAUCAACGAUGAUGAAUCUUUGAGUGAUUAUUUGGGAUCGCCAGAAGAAUAUCGUGAUUUAGUAUCCAUUAAUGUUCUUGAGAUGUAUGUUGAAAAGAUACCUCGAGAAGAAGUCCCUCAAGUCCAGCCUAUUCAUGGUAACACUUAUGGGGACUUUAGUUCUUAUGGAGACAUUUUGAGUGGUCAAGUGCCGCUGGAAAAUCUAAGCCAGCAAUUUAAUCAAGCUUACAAUGAAAAUUGGAACUAUUCUCAAAACUCGCCAGUGGUACCAAAUAUGGAUGUUGGUCAAUCCUCUCAGUUCGGUGGAGUUGAUCAUUCUCCACACCAUGACAAUGCUUAUGAACAAUACCUGCAGGGUCGUGAUGAUGCAUUUGUCUUCACAAGAGAAGAUGAUGAUAGUCGCCUAAAAACCUGGAUUGAACCAAAGGAUCUCAACAGAGAUCGAUGCUACCUUGCAAAGGGAAUGUUGUUCGCAUCCAAAAAGGCGUUGCAACAGGCUAUCAAAAUUUAUUGUUUUAAGGACAUGAGGGAGUUUAAGGUUAAUCAGUCAAACACAAAGAUAUGGAGGCUAGUUUGUAGACGACGGUAUCAAGUUUUGUGA